AUGUCCGGACUUGAAAUCCCACAACCCGUCGUCGUGGGUCCUUUGCUGGGCGAUCUUUGUUUGGAAAAUCCCGUGUUCCUGCUUUUAAUGGGAAGGAGAGGGGGGUGAGUCGCGGGCAGGAAGGAGUUAAGGCGCCUUGUCGGUGGUGCUGAUGAUCGCAGCCGCCCUGUCAUUGAAUGAAGAGAAGAAGAAGGAAAGAAGCAACUCUGGACCCUGCAGUUAGAUAAACCUCUGCUCCUCUCUCUCUCUUCACUCCAGGCUGAGUUACAGCAAGGAAGGCGGCAGGCAGCGCGGGCAGAGGCGGACGCGAACUCGGGGCAGGACCCCCUACGCCAGGCAGACGAGCUCAGCGAAACUCAGCACAACUUCUUGGGGACCAGAGAUUGGCAGAGGACAGCCGUGGGGUGGGUUGUGUUUUGGUGGUUCUUUUGCACGGCUUGAGAGGAGAAGAGUUUGCAGAGAGGCGGAAGGGAAGGGGUCAAGCGUCAAAAUGCAGGGAGCUGGCACGGUGGGCAUAAGCGGGCACCCUUGA